CUCCCAGCAGCGCUCUGAUUGGUCCACAGGUCCUGGCGCCAAAGCAUCAAACAGGAAGUAAAUCCAAACAACGGAGGACGCUUCAGUGUUUCACAGACUCGCUUUAGUUUUUUUUUAUCUUUUGAAACAAACAUGGACGCUCAGCCGUAUCGUCCCGUCCAGGCUGGAGUCGGGAUGGAGGAGAACUUCUUGUCCCUGGACGACAUCCUGCUGUCCCACGAGAGACUCCCAGUCCAGAUGGAGUGCACCUUCCCCCGGCUUGGAUUCCUGGAGAAGUCGAGUGACACGCAGGACAUCGCGGAGGGCACGAAGAUGGAGCUUCCCCUGUGGUUGUCCAAGGGUCUGUACGAGAAGAAGAGGAGGGUGCUGUCCGUGGAGCUGCCCAAGGUCUACAGAGAGGGCUGGAGGACCGUGUUCAACGCGGACCCCAACGUGGUGGACCUGCACAAGAGGGGGCCCUACUACUACAGCCUGGGCUCCCAGAUGCUGCACUUCGACAGCCCAGAGAACCCAGAUAUCGCACAGACGCUCCUGCAGACGUUCAUUGGUCGGUUCAGACGGACCAUGGACUCUUCCCAGAAUGCCUACAACGAGGACACGUCUGCUCUGGUGGAGCGUCUGGACUCUCUGGAGAAAGGUCUGUUCAGGUCCGGGCAGAGCGGACUCAACGGUUUCCAGAGCUGGGAGAAGGGUCAGGCAGCACAGCUCACCGCCUCCAGUCUGGUUCUCAACUACCGCAAGAGGAAGAUGACCGAUGUCCAACACUGACACCUCUGACCCCGACCUGCAGUUGAAAGAAGUCGAACUCUGGUCAGUACCUCAGUCAGUACUUUGGAGCACGACAGCAGCAGGAUGCUGUGAGUUUUCUCUGCCCGUGGCCGAGGACAUGGACCUGUAAACAGUUUAGCUGUGUUGAUUAACGAGUAAUUAAUUAAUGAUGCAGUCAGGUCACAUCCACUCGAAGAGAAGCUGAGUAUUUCAUUAACUGGGUCACAAAAACAAUGUGACCCAGUGAGUCGCAUGUGAAAUGUUAACAAUUGUACAGUACCUACUUUUUUAUUCUUAAAAUCUUUCAAACUGAAGACGUCAGAGUGGACUUUAUUUAACAUUUUUAUUUUACAUGUUUAGAUACCAAUAAAAUUAUACAUCCAUCAUC